AUGAGGCGAUCUGCCAUUUUUUUCGUCAUAGGUCUUUUGGCUUUAAUCACUCUCACUUCAGCUGAAAUAUACUUAAAAGAAACGUUUUCCGACAAUGACUGGGAAAAGCGUUGGAUUCAUUCCAAGCAUAAAGAAGACCUCGGCACGUUUGAAGUAACAGCUGGUGAUUUUUACGCUCACGAAAUUGAAUCUCGUGGCCUUCAAACUACACAAGACGCAAAGUUUUAUGCGAUUUCUACGAAAUUUGAUAAGAUAAUCGAUAAUUCGGACAAGGAUUUGGUGGUUCAAUUCUCUGUCAAACAUGAACAAAAUAUCGAUUGCGGUGGAGGUUAUGUAAAACUUCUUCCUCCAGAAUUUGAUAUGUUGUCUUUCAAAGGAGAAUCAUUAUACAAUGUCAUGUUUGGGGGAGAAAACAAACAAAUAAAAAAGACUUUAAAGGCACCAUCGGAUCAAUUAACACAUUUAUAUACUUUGAUAUUAAAGCCUGAUCAUACGUAUAAAGUCUUGAUUGAUAAUGUAGAAGAAGCAUCUGGAACAUUAGAGGAAGAUUUUGAUUUGCUUCCACCAAAAGAAAUUAUAGAUGCCAACGCUAAAAAGCCUGAUGAUUGGGAUGAUAUAGCUGAGAUCCCAGAUCCAGAUGAUCAUAAGCCAGCUGAUUGGGUAGACCACCCGUCUACGAUCCCAGAUCCCGAUGCAAAAAAACCCGAUGACUGGGAUGAUGAAAUGGAUGGGGAUUGGGAGCCACCACACAUCUCUAAUCCCGAUUACAAAGGAGUAUGGCAACCAAAGAAGAUUCCCAAUCCUAAGUACAAAGGAGAAUGGAAGGCACCCAUGAUUCCAAAUCCAGAUUUUGUCCCAGAACCACAACUUCAUGCUUAUAACAGCGCAUUUAUCGGAUUCGAUUUGUGGCAAGUGAGAUCUGGCACUAUAUUUGAUAAUAUAUUGAUUACUGAUGAUGUUGAAACAGCAGAAGCCUUUGCCAAUGAGACAUUUGUCAAAUUCCGAGAUGCGGAAAAAGAAGCAAAGAGAAAAUUGGACGAAUUAGAGAAGAAAGAAAAAGAAGGGACUGAUGCUACUGAAAAGAAAGACGAUGAUGACAUUAUUGAUCUAGAUGUUAAACUUGGUGAUGAUGGAGAAGUUAAAGUCACAAAACCAGAUGACGAAGAAACAGAAGAAAAAGCCAAGUAUGAAGAAGAGAAACGAAAAGUCAAAGAGGAAGAAGAGAAAGGAAAAGUCAAAGAGGAAGAAAAGAAAGGAAAAAUCAAAGAGGAAGAAGAUAAAGGAAAAGUCAAAGAAGAAGAAAAGAAAGAAAAAGUCAAAGAGGAAGAAGAUAAAGGAAAAGUCAAAGAGGAAGAAAAGGAAGAAAACGUCAAAGAAGAAAAGGAAGAAAACGUCAAAGAAGAAAAGAAAGAAAAAGCCAAAGAAGAAAAGAAAGAAAAAGCCAAAGAAGAAAAGAAAGAAAAAGUCAAAGAAGAAAAGAAAGAAGAAAAGAAGGAAAAAGUCAAAGAGGAGAAAGAGCAAAAAGAUGAAGUAAAGGUAGAAAAAGAAAUAAAAGGAGAAACAAAAGUGAAAAAGGAUGAAAAAGACGAAAUGGAUAAAUUACUUGAUGACUUUGAGGAAGAAUUGGGUCUGCCUCCAAAACCGCCAAAGAAAGAAGAACAUAAAUUACCGAUAAGAGAUGAAUUUUAG